AUCUGUAAUUAUCUGAAACUUUUUGUUGUUGUUUUUCUUUUUCUUUCUCCUUAAAACAUCACAAAAGAAGCUUCGUUAAGAAAAUGAUUAUUCCCAUGAAUGUCAGUCUUUGCUCUACAUUUGGUCAAAUUUUGAAUACAGUAAUCAAUUGUUGUUUGGCAAAAACUCAUAGAUCAACUAAUUGGCAGAAACUCAAAGACGAAUUAAUUUCGUACGUUAAGGGACAUUACUGGGCUGUGGCUGGCAUGCAUACUUAUUUUUGUCUUUUUGAUCUAUUUUUAGCAUAGAAAACUGCAUGGAUAAAAAUAUCAUGUUCGGGGCUCUUGUACUUCACAUUGUUUAUACAUUAUGUAAAGACAUUUGAAAUUUGCCAAACCUCACUUUUUUAUGCCCUUUGCUCUUCGUCGUCGUCAUCCCCCGCCCUCCAUUAAACAUAUAUAUGACCUUUUGGGGGUCUAUGAAUUUGGUCUAGGGCCAUGGUCAUGAAGUCAAAAUUAUUAUUAUUUUUUUAACAGAAUCAUCGGAGUGCAGAGUUCACAUUACACUUAAUGUCAUGUCUUUUAUUUUGUGUAAAAGAUCUAAUGAUGAUUAAAAUGUGGGCAUCCAUUCUAAAGGCGGACCGAAGCUUAGAAAAAACCAAACUGCAAUGUUUGUCACGUUAUAGAGAUGAAGGAUCAGAUACAAAUUCGCGAUUUCAUGGAAUAGGAAAAAUUAUUCUAAACGUUAAUAUCUAUAUUCCCAUUUCAGUGAAGGGUAUUUUAAUUGAAAGUCUAAAUUUAAUUUGUAUCGUCCUGUAGAAUCCCAGAUAUUGAGGAAUGGCACUCUUAAAAUGAAAAAUUUGGGUAUUAUAUACCCAAAUUAAAGAAAAUUAAAAAGAAAUAAAUAUGACGAUACUGUUCUAAAGAUUUAAUUUCAUACUUAAUAAAAUAUUUGUCUGGUGAAAAAAAUGACUUCAUCGAGAAUUGGUUCGCGUGUUGGCCAUUUCUUCUCAUCAGCUUAAAUACCUUAAUUCAUUAAACAACUCCAUUUAAUCCAUAUCCGUGUGUCUCGUCAAAUUCUGGCAAUAAUUAGAAUAGAGGAAUUCCGCGUGUUUUGGAUCGUUUGUUUUCAUGUUUUUGGCUUCAUUCAACCAAGGUGAUCGUCUAAUCCUCGCUGAGCCAACGCUUCAAAUGUAUCCCUUUAUAUAAUUGGCAUGCACCGUGAGAUGGUAAAGGGUUAAACAUUUCUACAAAAAACCCAGUGAGAUUUGUUGAUGAGAUAGUGGGACUUAUUAUGUCGCCAAUAUCAAUUGAAUAACCGGUUGUUUCUCACGUAAAGGGGUCGGGGGAUCAAUAUUACCUUAUUCUCUAUACAUCAGACCAAUGAAGAGAUUUGGCAAGACCACAUAUAAAACUCAAACAAUCUAUUUACCCUUUUUAAGCUCUUAAAGGAAAUAAAAAUUGAUCCGUAAGACAUUUUAUUCCUUCUUUAUCCAAAUAUCCUUUCUUUCCCUCUAUCAAUAGAUCCUAAUUUUUAAAAUAUUUGUUUUGUUUAAAUCUGGUAAUGUCUUGUCUGUAUAAAAUUAAUUAAUAGAUGUUUUCGGUUAAUUCUUUAAUUCGUUUUGUAUACAAUAGGGGGCAAUGUUUCUCAUUAUCUAAUGUUAGUCUGAUUCAUUCAACUUCUUAGAUUUUAUUGUCGCUUUUUCCCAAAGAAGAAACAUCGUGGCAGGAGUCUUGCGUCAAUGAAAACAUUUAUUCUUUAUAAAACUAUGAAUUGUUUUCGGCUUUGUACGCAAUCGAGGUGAGAUUUCAUCGUCUUGGACACGUCUUUAUAUAGACCAUUAUAGAAAACAGUCAUCCUUAGAUUCGUAAUCAUGUGCUGAUUAAAAAUUAGUUUUGUUUAAAGAUCACAUGUUUAUGACGUUCCUUCUCAAAAAAAAAUUAUAAAAAGAUUGUUUUUUUGGUUGCCUGAUAUACGUAAAUUAUUUACAUAAUGUUAUAAACAUUCCUCACUUGGGUCCUAAUCCAAUCUAUAAUAGGCUAUAACAAACCAACGACUCGUAACAGAUUUAUUACUUGUUAUAUUAUUGGUUAGCUAGGAAUUAACGGCACCAUGUUGAAGGUGACGACUCCAAUACAACUACCAAACCUUAAAAGCUUACGCACCAAUGAAAGUACAGUUUACAGAUAUGGCCCAAAAGCUGUUAUUACUGGUGACGAUGAAAUAAUCAUUCCUAAUAUGGGCACAUUCUACCGCUCCCCAUAUAAUGGUAGAAUAAGAUGUAAGAGAGUUUCGAAGCAUCCCAGAAUUCUUACAGAAGAUGACAAGAAAGCACUUCCGGUCAUUUCGUGCAACACAGAAACAAUAGAUUUCAGAAAGUGUAACAAAACAAGCAUCGGGAAUUCAGAGGGCUCAGAUACUAACUCUGAAAUUUCAUCUAGUAACUCGUCUAGCAAUUCGUCCGGACUUCGUGGAAUUCUCACUAAAAAGUGUGAGAAAACCACAGAAAAAAAGCCUGGGAAAAGAGUGAAAUUUCACGAACAACUCGAAAACGUUAGAGAACUGCAUGACGUAACAACAAGUAAGUUUCAGUAUUACCCUCCACAUCAGUUAACUGUGAAACCUAAACAACCGGUGUGUAGAAAACCAUCCCCUCGAGCCACCUCUAGUGACAGUGAUCUGCUGGCAAUAAAAAGACAACACUAUGACAUUGAACGCCAUUCCAUAUCAUACAGUGAUUUUGAGAACUCAUCUACAACUAAUGUAUCCCGUAGCUCCCAAAAUUCAACGCGGUCUGGAAGCAAAUCGAGUCGCACAGUUUUCAAAUCACCGUUACGACAUUCACAAAAACAGACGACACCUAGAAAUGACUAUUACUAUUCUUCACGAUCGGAUGUACGGUGCUACCCUGGCGACGUGAAACUACGUGCGGCAAAACCUAUUCGACCACAAACUGUGAUGUCCGUCUAUUCCCCCAAAAUUCUCCAAAACCCAUCGGGGCAAAAGUUCGUUGUGUGUCGGUAUGCUUUGCCUAGCGAUGAUGUGUCUGUGACUUCCUUUCCAUCACAAUCUUGCGAAUAUCCGAUGAAAGUCAAGCAUAAAUUCAAACAGAUUCUUCCCGAGAGAAUUGGAACAAUGGGGAUGUGUACAAGGAACUUCUGUAAUCGUGAUAAAGCCACUCGUAUCAUGAGAUGGCUGGAUUCUGUGGACGAUGUUCAGACAAAGGAAGGUCGAUAUGCUGAACUCUUUGAUACGGUUUUUCACGUGGACAGGAAUGGUUGAACAACUGUAAACUACUUAUCGUCUAUGAUUUUUUAGUCGUUCAAAGCUUGUGUUAUCGGUUCUAUAGUGAAGGGUCGUCGCGAAACCACCUUGUGAUAAAUUGUGAAAUUGGGUUUAACGUCCUAUUUUUCUGCACCAACUCGGGUAAUGAAGACGGGCAUUCUCCAUGUUGUGUGCUAGAGAUGGAAGUUUUGAUCGGACAGCGACUUUUCCGUCCACUGCCAGUCGAAUUCCAACUGUCAACGGUUCUUUUAUAUGCCCUUCAAAGAGUACAUGUAAGGACCUCGGUUUUCGUCCAAUGUAAUGAACCAGGCCAUUUUGAAAAGAUAGAAAGAUUCUCCAUCUUAUCGUCGACGUGGAAUAAUAGACAGUUCUUAAGACAUUGUGUGUGGAUGAGACUUGCAUUACUAGCCCACUUUGUUCUACAUCUUUCUGAGUAUUACUUUCGUUAGUGGAAUCAAAGGAACCUGUAGUGCAUGCUGUGUUAGCUUUAGUCGUAAUAAUCUAAAACAAACGUUGGCCUAAACGUAUUACAAUGCUACGGCCAAAAAGCAACAAGUUUAGCCUGGGAUUUUUUUUUAACAAAGAAGUUUAUGGAAUUAUAUGGAUGAAUUAGUAUAGUGAAAGAGGUUUUAUUAGACUCGUUGGAUUAGAAACUUUGGAAAACCGACCCGUUAUAGGUAAAGAUUAUUAUUACAUGAAUGAAUAAUAACUGUUAGGUAACCGAAAGAACCCGUGAACUACUGCUCCCUAUAUAAUAGUAUGUUAUCGUUAAAUUGGAUUAUUUCAUCAAAGGAUUGUCAUCAGUGUAUAUAAAUAAGCUUCCUUUUUAUUUUAUUGACUUUCACGGUGACCUAUCGACCUUCAUUGCAUGACAUAUAAUCCUAUGUAAAAUAUUAUGUAUGUUGAAUAAAUAUUUUUAA